AUGGCCACUACUACCCCAGAGGAAAGCUCUCCAGUCCAGGCCAUUGUAGCACCAAAGCAACAUGACUUGGAAAAUGGCCUAGAACCUAACUCAGAGGCAGAGACUGAGCUCAGAGAAACCCAGUGUGACAGAGAGGAAAAAGAGGAUGAGGAACAUGAAGAAGGAGGAAGAAGCUGUGCUGUGGAGCAGGAGAAUGCAAAAGGGAAGAGUUUGGACCCAGAGUGGGUGGAGGAGAGGUUCAGGAUUGAUAGGAAGAAGCUGGAGACCAUGUUGUACGCUCCAAAGCGCGACGGUGUCGAGACAGGAGAAGAGUUUUUUGAGAGAGUAAUGAGAGAAACUAACACGCAGGUGAAAUGGCCAUCCAAGCUGAAGAUAGGAGCCAAGUCAAAGAAAGAUCCACAUGUGAAGGUGGAAGGAAAGAGAGCUAGUGUCCUGGAAGCCAAAAAGAAGAUACUAGAAGUGUUGGAAACCAGGGUAAACAAGGUGACUCUAAAAAUGGACGUGGCCUAUACGGAGCACUCCCAUGUGAUCGGAAAAGGUGGUGGAAACAUCAAAAAGGUAAUGGAGGUCACAUCCUGUCACAUCCAUUUUCCUGACUCCAACCGCCACAAUGCCACUGGAGAGAAAAGCAACCAGGUCUCCAUCGCUGGGCCCAUAGAGGGAGUAGAGGAAGCCAGGAGGAGGAUAAGAGACCUCCAGCCACUAUCCAUGACCUUUGACCUGCCAGUAAGUCUUGUGCCCCAGGCUCUGCCAGAUCCAGGUUCACCACUUAUCCAACAGGUAGCACAGACUCUGGGGGUCAGCGUAAGCUUCAGGGCUGUCCCACCCCAGCCUCAAGCCCAGCCCCCUCUUUAUGGAAGCUGCUGCACAGUCUGGGGCCUGCAGGGCAACGCAGAUGCUGUCAAGAAGGCGACCUGUAUCUUGAUGGACCUCCUGCUGGGACCAGAGGUGGCAGGCGGUAUAGUGAGCAGCCAGCUGGAUGUCACUUCCCAGCAGCACCUAUUCCUGCUGGGACAGAAUGGCGCUCAUUUCCUGAGCGUCAUGCACCAGACCCAGACCCAGAUCAUCCUACCGGACCUCAGCGCCCCUCAGAGUCCGCCCUCGCUGCUCAUUCAGGGCAGCCCUGACGGAGUUUGUCUGGCUCGGCAGCAGCUGAUGGACUGUCUGCCUGUGUGUUUGAUGUUUGACAUGCGUGAAGAUGGGGAGGCAGAUCCCUGUAAGCUGGCUCAGAUGAUGCAAAACCUCGGAGUCUUCAUUAGUGUCAAGCCCAAAGUAAAACAGACCAGCAAGUCAGUGGUGGUGAAAGGUCUGGAAAGGAAUAUUUCCUGCCUGUAUGAGACCCGCCGUCUGCUCCUAGGGCUGGAUUCCAGCGAGACUGUGAAGGCAGCUGACAUGCCUCCUGACACCAUACUACCUGGCAGUGGGCUGACCAACUACUGGCUCAGCAUGUUGCUGCAGCAGCUUCGCCUGUCCGAACAGGGCCCUGUGCCUGCUCCUGCUACAGAGAUGCCAAACGGUACAAAGCCCCGCCCGUCACCUCCACCAGGCCUCAGCUCUCUCGGUGAGGAGGGUCGGACAGGACCGAAGGGAACAGAUGGUCGACCUCUGGAGAAGAUCCUGGAAAAUGACGACCAGCUGGACCAAGCGGAGCACGAGCCCUCUGAGGUUGUAGCGAUGCCACCAUGUGAGGCGCGUGAUGCAGUGAACAGCGGCAUCGGCAGGGUCGGGCUGAAUGGGCGGAGGGGGAGUCUUCAGGGUCCGGAAAUUUCCAAGGUUUUCAGCCAAGGCAGGCGCCAUUCAACAGGGCAGGUGUUAACAUACAGAUUGUUGAACGCAGACACAGAGGGAGGGAGGAAUGAGCGGAGGAACAGCCUGAGGAGAGAUGUGACUGUGGCUCAAAAUGUUUGCGCUGACUCAUCCAAGGCUGAGGAUUAUGACUAUGAAAAGAAGAAACUGCUGGCAACUAGAGCCAUGCAGAGGAAGCCUGUGGUGACAGAGGUCCGCACGCCCACAGACACGUGGAGUGGCCUUGGCUUCUCCAAGUCUAUGCCAGCUGAGGCUGUACAGGAGCUCCGCAAUAUCAGCCGACGCAACUACAAACCCUACCUGAGCACCGGUAAUAACCAGCAACAGUUUCGGGCUGCUCAGACAGGAAAGGUGGUGAAUGGGAGUGACUCUGAGAACUGGAGGGAUAGACGCGGAUCCACAUCUUCAUCCCAGCCUGUCUCUUCCUCUUCUUCCUCAUCCUCCCCAUCCUCCCCUCCAACUACAUUCUCCUCAUCAUCCUCCUUUCCUGUGUUUGCCUCCUCAAUGAACCGCACCAGAAGUGACAAGCCCUCGGAGAGCUUCGCAAGCAGCGGCAGCUACUUCGAAAGCGCGUGCUCACAGAGGCGGGGGUCGACCUGCAGUCAGCGGUGCCCCAGCCCCUACUUGACAGAUGACCUGCCCGAGCUGCUCAGCCAACUUGGCCUAAUCAAAUACAUCGAUGUGUUUGAACAGCAAGAGAUUGACUAUCAGACAUUCCUCACGCUGUCUGAUGAAGAUCUGAAGGAAGUGGGUGUCUCUACCUUUGGAGCCAGACGCAAGAUGUUAUUAGCAAUCUCAGACCUGAACAAAAGCAAGAGGAGGCUCUCAGAUACACCUGCUGUGAAGCCUGGCUACCUGGAAGGUGGUGCUAGUGGUAGACUUCCACGAAUCAUGGAUGUGGAAAUUGCAGCUCAGAGUAACCGCUGGUGAAAGGAGACACCAGCGAGCUACAUCUGAAAUACGUGGAGAUAUUCUAUACACGUGAAAGUAUACAACAGUGAUGCCAGUGCAAAGUCUUAUCUGCUUAUUAUUUACCACAAUUCGACAAGCAUGAGAUUGCCUUAAGGAGGGGCAAAAAUUAGGUAAAAUAUUUAAACACAGUGCCUUUCUUCUACAGCAUAACCCAAAGUUUUUUUUAUAUAAUAAUUCAAGACAAGAAGGCUUUCCUUCCAAAACUCAUACUUGACAAGAAACAAACUCCAUAAAGCACAAACAAACAGGAGAAAAUAUUGAUUAUAGAUGUUUCUGGUGUUUUUUUUUUUCUUU